AUGCCUUCGACACCCGUCAAGGCCAUUGCUGCCUCAUCGCCGCCAGUCACCGAGAGUCCCGGCACCUGGCGACACCCUCGCAUCGACGAGAUCACCAGACGGCGCCAUGCGACAACGUUCACCGAGAAGAACGUCACGCAGAUCGCCUACGGCGUAGCCAGCAUCAUCGCCAUCGUCGUCCUCAACCAAGUUUCCAAAGCCAACUCCCUGCCGACAUUAUUGUCAAAUUCGACGCGAGGCUACGUCGAUCUCGCAUGCUACGCAUGUCUGCUCAUGCCCAUUGUCAACAUUGUCUCUGCCUGCCUGCCCCUCAUGAGAGCCGAAGACUCCCUAGCCGACAUUCCUCUGACACCCGCGCAACGCAAACUGCUCGGUCUGCCCCCUUCGGGUGCGGCGCCCACCCCCAACGCGACCUACAGCACGCCGCCUCGAUACUCGAGGACGCCCUCGCUGUCCGGCUCCAUAGGCUCUCGGGGCAGCUGGGCCAGUGGUUCUCCCCUGUCAGGUCGGGCCAGCCCUGCCCUGCAAGCUUCCGAUUCCUACUCCCCCCUCCCCAGUCCCCUGGGGCUCAAGGGCCUGGACGCCUCAGUCAAUGGGCGGAGGUCGUCAUUCGGUCAAUCGAAUCUCGCGGCCAGCACCUCGUCCAACUUGUUCUCCGAUUCCCCGAGUCCGUCUGGCAACAAACGAACCAGCGUAGGACUGAACAGCAAGUGGUUGUACGAGAGGGGCAGGCGGUCGUCUGGUGGCGCUUGGACGCGUUAG